AUGGGAAAGCAAAAGGUGGUGAUAAGGCUCGGCAUGGUGGAUGCAAAGCAGCGCUCCAAGGCCCUCAAAACUGUGGUUGGAUUCAAUGGUAUAACAUCUGCGAGUCUAGAUGGAAAGGAGAAGGACCAAAUUGUAGUUGUUGGUGAUGGGAUCGACCCAGUUACCCUGGUAAAAAAGUUAAGGAAGCGAAUGAACUACGCAGAGUUGCUUAGCGUGGCACCGGCGGAUGAGAAGAAAGAAGAAGACAAGCUUGUGAAGGCUAUGGAGCUCAUAGUUAAAGGCACCGUUGCUUUUAUUGCAAGCUACCUUAAACCUUCCUACAGUUUGCAUCCAUAA